UACGUUCUCGUUGGCGUGGGACAUGUUUGCGGAAGUUAAUUCGAUUACUCUGUCAUUUUAACGAAAUGUAACAGUGUUUUAUAAAUACAUUUGUAGUUAUUUUCUAGCCCGUCGAACAAACAAUGAUGACCUUGCCAAAGGGACCGGACUCUUUGUGCUUCGACAAAGACGAAUUUAUGAAGGAUGACUUUGACGUGGACACGUUUGUGGCUGAUUGCAGAAAGCGUGUCCAGCUGGAGGAGAUGCGUGAAGAUCUGGAGCAAUAUUACAGACUCCUCAAAACAGCCAUGGUGGAGCUAAUCAAUAAAGACUAUGCAGAUUUCGUUAACCUGUCCACCAACCUUGUUGGAAUGGAUAAAGCCCUCAAUCAGCUGUCUGUACCUCUUGGCCAGUUACGUGAAGAAGUGCUGAGUCUGAAAUCCUCUGUGAAUGAAGCUAUUGAAGCUAUAGAUGCACGGUUAUCCAAGCAAGAUGACAUUCAAAAAAAGAAGAUAUGUGUUAUAAGACUCAUCCAAGUUGUGAGAUCAGUGGAGAAGAUUGAGAAAAUUCUUCACCAAAACACUAAAGAUACAACAUCACUUGAGACCAGCAGCCCUCUUUUGGCAGGUCAGAUUCUAGAGCGAAUUGCCACUGAGUUCAACCAGUUACAGUUUCAUGCUGUCCAAAGCAAAGGAAUGCCAUUGCUUGAUAAAGUGCGCCCGAGAAUAGCUGGUAUCACAGCUAUGCUUCAGCAGUCCCUAGAAGGCUUAUUGAUCCAAGGCCUGCAGAUGUCAAAUGUAGAUAUUGUGCGCCAUUGUCUCAGAACAUAUGCUACCAUCGAUAAAACCAGGGAUGCAGAGGCACUGGUUGGACAAGUCUUAGUCAAACCAUAUAUGGAUGAGGUAAUAGUUGAACAGUUCCUUAAGUCCCACCCUAAUGGUCUUAAGAUGAUGUACGUAAAGUUGUUGGAGUUUGUGCCUCACCAUUGUAGACUGCUACGAGAGGUGACUGGUGUGGCUAUCUCUAGUGAUAAAGCCGACAUUGUCCCAGGAUACGACUUUCUGGUGAACUCGGUCUGGCCUGAAAUCAUUAGAGGUGUUGAGGAAAGGGUCCCUUCCCUUUUCAAUCCAGGAAACCCAGAGGCUUUUUAUGAGAGAUACACUGUCAGCAUGGAUUUUGUGCACAAAUUUGAGAGGCAAUGUGGUUCCCAGGCCAGUGUAAAGAGACUGCGAGCACAUUCAUACUACCAGAGCUUUCACAACAAAUGGAACCUGCCAGUGUACUUCCAGCUGAGGUUCAAGGAGAUUGCUGGAAGUCUAGAAAAUGCCAUUGCAGAUGGACUAGAAGCAGCUCCAGCUGGAAAUAGCUACCACUUGCAGGUUACUGAGGUAUUGUGGAGAUGUGUGUGCAAGUGCUGGGCUGACCAGGUGUACCUGCCACCACUUGCUCAUCGAUUUUGGAAGCUAACGUUGCAGCUGCUCUCCAGAUAUGCCACUUUCCUUACAGAGGUCUUAACAAAAACUUCACCUCCAGAGACUAGCAAAGAUUCAGUAAGACCACUCCCAAGCUCUGCCUCCUCUACAUCUAGUCGUACAUCACAGGAUGCAGACAGCGAGAACAGUCGACCCACCGCACUGUCUACCAAGCAACUUGUCUUCAUUUCAGCUGACGUUGAUAAAUUACAAGGGCAGAUUCCAGAUAUCUCUGAGAUGAUCAGGGCAAAACUGGAGGGUAUUGGAUUCAAUAACUUUACUGCUGUUUCAGAAGCCUUGCAGGACUCCAGGGCAUCACUGUCUAGGUGUGUUCCCACACUGAACAACAGAAUGACUCAGCAUUUAACAGAGAGGAGCAUCCGCUUCUUGAAAAAUGCUUCUGAAGUUCCACGACUUUAUCGAAGGACAAACAAGGAAGUGCCCACCGGAGCCUCUGCAUAUAUAGACAAUGCACUUUGUCCACUCCAUCAGCUGGUCACUGACUCCAAAAAUGUGGUGAAAGACUCCAUCAUCCAGGAGUGGCUCCGUGUCACACUCUCUGACUGCACCCAUAGAUAUUUUGAGACUAUAUCAGACGUGCUGAGCUCAGUAAGGAAGAUGGAGGAAAGUCUGAAGAGACUGAAACAGGCCAGGAAAACAGCCACCACCAGCACAGUAGGUGUCAAUGCAGGGCCAUCAGAUGACAGUAAGAUCCGUCUACAGCUGGCACUGGAUGUUGAAUACCUUGGAGAGCAGAUUCUGAAGAUGGGUCUCCAGCCAAGCGACAUCACCAUGUUCUCUUCACUGCUGGAACUGGUACAGGAGGCAAGAGAUCUUGCCUCAGCUGAGCAGACCGGGUCAUAAACCAGGAUGGCCCUGGAUGGGCCAGAUGAAAAGUUGGGGUCAAACUGUGUGUUUUGGAGAUUCAAAACACCUUCAACAUGCAUAUGCUCAGAAAGUUGAAGAACAGAUGAAUGCUUCACUCAGUAUCUGCUCCAUGGACCGACAGUCCUGUUGUUGAGGUUCUUUCAUUUCUGAUUCAAAUCUCACAACUGUUUUAAUAGUAGCAACCUUUACGUGUUUGGGGAAAAAAGGGAACACUAAAAGAAUGUGAGAUUCACACUUUGAAAAUUAACUAUAUGGUAUGUUAAGGCUGGAAAAGUCAGAUAUUGCAAGGUUUAAUAUUUUUGGAGAAGAGCACUGUAUAAACCAGUUACACUGUAAACACUGACAGAUAAAAUGCUAUAAGCUGUUUUGUUUUGUAUUAUGUGUUUACAUGAAAUAAUGUCAGUUGACAACCUGAGUUGUGUCUCUGAAAUUUCUUUUCUAUGGCUUAGUUUAACACUGUCAAAUAAAAUGAACUAAAGGUUCAAUGCUUAUUUUAUUUUUUUUACAGAUAUCAAAAUGGGUGUUGGAGUUUAUUUGUUUCAGUGGGUAAGAGUGGGAUUACAAAAAUUUUAAAUGU